AUGGCCGAGGAGAACGAAGGCGGCUCGCCGCAGCCGCCGUCCAAGCUGCCCCGCCUCUCCGCCGCCGACUCCAAUGCCGGGGCGGUGACGAUGGCGGUCUCGUCGCCGUUGGUUCUCGGGCUGGGGCUGGGGCUCGGCGGCGACAGCCGCGGUGGCGUGGAGGCGCAGGCUCAGGCGAGGGCGAAGUCGGCGCUGACGUUCAUGCAGCAUCAGGAGCUGGAGCACCAGGUGCUGAUCUACCGCUACUUCGCGGCGGGCGCGCCCGUGCCGGUGCACCUGGUGCUCCCCAUCUGGAAGAGCGUCGCCGCCUCCUCCUUCGGGCCGCAGCGCUUCCCCUCCCUGAUUGGGCUGGGGAGCCUGUGCUUCGACUACCGGAGCAGCAUGGAGCCGGAGCCGGGGCGGUGCCGGCGCACGGACGGGAAGAAGUGGCGGUGCUCCCGCGACGUGGUGCAGGGGCACAAGUACUGCGAGCGGCACGUCCACCGGGGCCGCAGCCGUUCAAGAAAGCCUGUGGAAGGAGGAGGCGCCUCCGCAUCCACGCCCGCCGCCCCGGCGCAGAACGGCGGCGUCACCGCGCCGCCCCGCGGCCUCGGCUUCUCCCCCGCCGCCGGCAGCGUCCUCCACAGCGCCGCCGCGCGCGCCACCUGA